AUCUUGCCUGUAUACUUACUAUAAGGGCGCGACAUAUCUACACAUAACGUUGACCACAAAAAGCCGCCGCGAUUAUGCUAUAAGACUUCAAACUGCGCGCUGGCCUUGCGUUCCGGAGCUAAACCUUCACAGCUGACUUCUGUAGUAUCACCAAAUGGUGAAGAAGAAGGUUGGAGGGGGCAAGCGCUAUAAGGCUGUUGCCAGCGCCAAGGCUCAAGGCCUGGCAGAGCCCAAGUGGGAUGGCCCCGCACCGCCACUGCACAUCCAAAAGAAGCUUGCACGGAAGGUGCAAUUUCUGGACAAGGUGUCUACAAACACCAACACGCUGCGAACAUCUAAAGCCGGCGUGAACAAGAAAACUGGCCGCAAGAAGGCGCUUCCAGACCUAAGCACGCUGGGCGAGGUUCUGGAUGAGGUGUCGAAGAAAGGAAGUGCACAGAACGGUGCGGCAGGCGGCAAGCAAGCGAAGGAGCGUGGUGUGUCCGUCAACACGGCAAAGCAGCGUCACCACAUUCUGGUGGAGGAGUCCCAGCGCAUGCAGCAGGUCCUGAAGCACCCGCUCUACAAGAAGGACCCCAUCGCGGCCAUCACCAAUCAUCUGCAGCACACGCUACCACCAGUACCAGCACCCAAACCUGCCGCAACAAAAGGGGCAGGAAAAAAAUCCAAGAAGGCUGCAAAUUCCAGCAAAAUGCAGGAAUGACAACCAAAAUGCAACCCC